AUGAACGUGGACAAAUGAGAAAACAUGUGAUGUGAGGUAUGAGCCGAAAGCGAAGAAACAGGCCCAUCGUUAACUCCCACGUCAGAAAGAUACGCCAUAAUUGCCAACAAACCCAAAUACUACUACUACAAAACGUAACGCAUCUAGUCAAAUCUCAAAUCAAAAUCAAAAUCAUAAUAACAAACUAAACCUAAAACCAAAGUUAGGAGAACGGGUUCUCUUCUUUCUCCCCCAACCCGUUCUCCUCCCUUAAACGCCACCGUUUUGAAAUCGGUGAUUUUGUGUUGUUGAUGAAUCUAAUUUUCUCUUAUUCGAAUUGGCUUGUAAACAUAGCUAAUUCUUCGGAUACGCCGUUCUCUUUCUCUAGAAGUAGAUGGGAUAACGAGUUUUCUGAGCUUCAAAGUGGAUAGAUUGGUUUAAAUCAAAAUAUAAAAUAAAUAAAUAAUCAUAAUGGAUUCUUCUCAAGAUUCUAGGUUGGCUGGUUUGGUGAAAAAUGCUUCUAUUAAGAGAGAUGAAUCUAGUUUCGAUCGUGUUCCUGUUUAUGUUAAGGAGUUAAUUGCUGGUGGAUUUGCUGGUGCCCUUGCUAAGACUUCUGUUGCACCUCUCGAACGGGUUAAGAUACUGUGGCAGACAAGGACGGGAGGAUUCCAUACUCUUGGUGUGUGCCAAUCUGUGAAUAAGUUGCUAAAGCAUGAAGGUUUUCUAGGAUUAUAUAAAGGAAAUGGAGCUAGUGUUAUCCGGAUUGUUCCAUACGCAGCCUUGCAUUUUAUGACAUAUGAGCGGUACAAAAGUUGGAUCCUGAACAAUUAUCCCAUGUUAGGAACGGGUCCCUCUAUCGAUCUUUUAGCUGGCUCGGCAGCAGGGGGAACUUCAGUUUUAUGUACAUACCCCUUAGAUCUUGCCCGUACCAAACUUGCUUAUCAGGUGGUGGACACCAAAGGAUGUAUCAAAGAUGGUAUUAAAGCAGUUCAUUCUCAACCUGUAGGUCCUGUACAUAAUGGCAUUAAAGGUGUACUUAAAAGUGCCUAUAAAGAAGCUGGGGUUCGUGGACUUUAUAGAGGUGUAGGUCCAACCCUUACUGGAAUUCUUCCAUAUGCUGGUUUAAAGUUCUAUACGUAUGAGAAGUUGAAAAUGCAUGUUCCUGAAGAACAUCAGAAGUCCAUUCUGAUGCGCCUUUCUUGUGGAGCUCUUGCUGGAUUGUUUGGGCAGACUUUAACAUACCCUUUGGAUGUUGUUAAGAGACAAAUGCAGGUUGGGAGCCUGCAAAAUGGAGCUAAUGGAGAUGCCGCAUACAAAAAUACAUUUGAUGGGCUUAGGAAGAUUGUUCGAAAUCAAGGGUGGAGGCAGUUGUUUGCAGGCGUAAGCAUUAACUACAUAAGGAUUGUUCCAUCAGCUGCAAUUAGUUUCACCACAUAUGACAUGAUGAAGGCUUGGCUUGGUGUACCACCUCAACAAAGGUCUAAAUCAGUUUCUUCAGGAUAAUUUUUGGUGCUCACUUGUGAUGGCAAGAAUUUACCGUGACUGACUUCAUUUUUACAGGGAUGUCUCUUACUGAGAAUCCCUGCUUACGACUUAUACAAAAUAUUGAUCAGAGGAACCCUUGUGAAUAAUUAAUCAAUACACAAGUUUGAUUGUGAAGUGUGAUAUCAUUUGGAGAGUUGCUUCACAUCACUACUUCAUUAUUUCUUAAUCCUUAGGCAUGUAAUUCGUAGAUUUGUCAGAAAUUGUGGAUGCAAUGCAAUACUUAUUUCACUAGGAUUAAUAUGUCAGGUUUGCUAAGUUUAUAUUUUUGCAUUCUAGUUAGUUGCACAGGAGUUUCAUGAGGUAAGAAAUAGAUGACUGUAAGUUUAUAUUAUUUGGUAAAUGCAAGGGAUUUGUUAUUGUUUAUGAUCAUGCUGAUGCAUGGUAUUUGCUUGUUUGGAAA